AUGUCAGAGGAAGGAGAUCCUCGUGAGCAGGACAGAUUCUUGCCUAUAGCAAAUAUAUCGAGAAUUAUGAAAAAAGCAUUACCACCUCAAGCGAAAAUAAGUAAAGAUGCUAAAGAAUGUGUCCAAGAAUGCGUAUCCGAGUUUAUCAGCUUUAUUACCAGUGAAGCCUGUGAGAAAUGCUUAAGUGAAAGAAGAAAAACAAUUAGUGGCGACGAUUUAAUGUAUGCAAUGAAUACUCUUGGAUUUGAGAAAUAUAUUGAACCUUUAAGGGUUUAUUUGCAAAGGUAUAGAGAUCUUUCAAAAGGGGAUAAACCUGAAGAAGCUGGGAUUCCUCCAAUGCUUUUCCCAAAUAAUGUGCUAAAACAUGAGGGGAAUGGCGAAGAGGAAGAAGAAGAGGACGAAGAGGAAGAGGAAAAAUCUGAUUAA